UGUACCCUCGCCACACUUGCAGUUCUUUCGUGUUCCCAUCUCUUAACCAAAGGAGCCCCUUCAAAGCAUCCUCGUCGGUGUCCCGCAGACAUCUCUGAAGAGAAACACGAUCCCCUACACAUUAAACAGGAGGAGGAGCCCGAGAUGCCGUACAUCAAACAGGAAGCGGAGCCAGAGACCCCCUACAUUAAAGAAGAAGAACAGGAAGUGAAAAUCCAUAAGUUUCCAUUGACCGUCAGUGUGAAGAACGAAGACAAUGAAGGACCAAGUGAAGAAAGCGGACCAGGGAAACAAUCGAGCGAUGGCUCAUUUCAGUCCCUGACAACAAAAGGAGAGGGACAAUCGCAACCAGACAAUCUAUUAGCUCCGCUCUCGGACAGCGACGACAAAACGUCACACUCUUCUGACUUUAACACUGACGAGGAGGAUGUUGACUCUGACCUAAAUGCUUGGAAAUCGUUAAACAAGACAUCAUUGAAAAGAAAGACAAAAGAAUGUGCGCGUGGGAAACCGUUUGGCUGCACACUUUGCGACAAAGGAUUUUCUCGCAAGGCUCAUUUAGAAAACCAUAAGCGUACGCACACUGGAGAAAAACCUUUUGUCUGCACUUGUUGUGGUAGACAAUUCGCCGAGAAGGGAAAUUUAAAACAACACACAAGCACACACAGUGAAGACAAGCCUUUCGCCUGCUCCUUAUGCGAUAAGAAAUUUUCUCAUAAGACUUAUUACGAAAGGCAUAUGCGUACACACACAGGGGAAAAGCCUUUUGUCUGCACAUGUUGUGGUAAACGAUUCGCCGAGAAGGGAAAUUUAAACCAACACACAAGCACACACAGGGGAGACAAGCCUUUCGCCUGCUCCUUAUGCGAGAAAAGAUAUUAUUAUCAGUCUCAGUUGACCGCACACGUGCGUACACACACUGGAGAAAAGCCCUUUGUUUGCACACGUUGUGGUAAAGGAUUCUCCAAGAAGGGAAAUUUAAACCAACACACAAGCACACACAGCAGAGAGAAGCCAUUCGCCUGCUCCUUAUGUGAGAAAAGAUUUUAUUUACAGUCUCCUUUGACAAGACACAUGCUUACACACACUGAAGGGAAACCUUUCGCUUGCACACUUUGCGACAAAAGAUUUUCUCUGCGAGCCGAUUUAAAAAGGCAUAUGCGUUCACACACUGGAGAGAAGCCUUUUGCCUGCACGUGUUGUGGUCAAAGAUUCAGCGAGAAGGGAGGUUUAAACAAACACACACGCACACACAAGCACACACAAGCCGUUUCCUUGUCAUAAAAGAUUCCUCCAGAAGUAAACUUAAAUGUAUUUAAGCAGAUAUUUACAAGUUUCUUGAGCGAAACAUAGGCAACAUCAUUUUUUACAUUUACUGCUACGGAUUUCCGGUUUAAGACAGAACCACAGGAAUUGCGGUCGAAAUAAACGAUGUGUAGACGAAGUUAAAACUGCAAAAUCAAACCAGAGGAACCCACGAAAUCUCCAAAAAUGGAUUUAGGACAACGUAGCGUAACGUGCAUAUGGAUCACUUCAUUGAUCGCUCGUGGACAAAAUUCUAACAAUUUGUUAUGGUGUGCAACGAGAGGGGAUCCAAAUGCAGACAAUCGGGUUGUGGCGAGUAAUAUUUUAUCGGCGACAAUAAGAAAAGUGGUGGGUGUAGAUCGCUCUGCUGGCGUAGCUGAGGCAGGUGUGUAAUCGGACGAGCGUGGAUAAAACAGGACCUGGGGUGAGAGUAAAGUAGUCAUGAGCUGUUGAUCAGAGAUAUAAUGAAGGAAUGUGAGAUAAAACUGACGGAGGACACAGCCGAAGUCAUCAGGCGACAAGGUGGCAGCGUCCACUGGCUUUUAAGGACGGAGAAAUUUAACAUUAGUCGAGCCUUCCAUCAUUAAAGUAGAAUGCACAGUCUUGAUAUAUGUGCAUAAACGUACAGUAAGGGCCCAAAUGCACCAGAUGCAUCAUUGUUCCGGGUCCAGUCCGGCUCUGUGUUGACUGCGUGCCACACAGUAUGUCAAAAACAGGCAAAUCAUACCGGCUGCAGUCUGCCAACUCCGUCCCCUCGUGAGCUCUCACGUGAUCGCGCGUGAUAAUGUGGCAUUUAAAACAACGACAAACACACGGAGUCUGUACCCAUCAGAAAAGCAGAGAGAAUGCACAUUUUUUUUCCUUGCAUAUUGUUAUUUUAGUUGUGUCUGUCUCUUAAUUCCAGAUUGACUGCAUCAUGUUGAGAUCAGGGCUCCGUGUGUGGGAGCUAGGGUGGGUGGGGGCCUAUUAUGCCCCUGGUUGUGUCGGUGGGCUUGUAUCUUUGUGCACAUUUAAAAUUUAUGGCACAUAACAUCUGAUAGAGAUGUUAUAAACAGCUGUUAAAUAAUCUGUAAUAUUUAUAAAAUGGAUAGCGAAUUAUAUACUCCACGAACUAAACAACAGCGUACUUGGAAUUGGUGUCUCAUCACUGCAGAUUCCUGUGCCCAGGGUUUUCAGCCAAAUAAAAAAAUAACAAUUCUAUUAGUCUUUCGCAUGGUCCAUUUGGUGUAAGUGGGAGAAAGAGAAAAACCACAAAAAAAUUAUAAAAUAAAAGGAUGAGUUGAUGCAACACUCAGUCUUUGCUAUAAUUCCAAGGAGAAAAACAGUUAUGUUUGACUGUGUCAUAAACAACUCGUCUAUCUGUUUUACAUGAAACACACAUACAUCGCUAAGAAAAACAACAACAAAACAAAAGAAUGAUAGCAAUUAAAAUGAAAAAUAAAAUAAUAAUCACAAUAACUUUAAGGAGAACUAAAAACAAAAUUCAAGCAUUCCAUAACACAAUAGGUAGGCAUGAAUAUUAUGAUAAAACUCAAUUAACCCUUUAAGGUCUGGGCCUAUUUUGUCUGAUUUUGCAUGCCUUUGAAGUUGCCUUUAUAUUUCAAAGACAGAAUUGUUUACGAUGGCCUGGUUUGGUCCCUUUUUUUGUGACACCUUGAACUUCAUGUCCAAACUGUUGUUUCCUUCACUGACCAAUUAUAAAUCAUAAUUUUGGGCCCAAAAAGACCAAAAAUUCCAAAAUCGUUUUGUCAACAUUUUUAAUAUUGAUGUCCAAUUGACAACCAAACAUGCGUAACGAACCGUUUUGAAACUUUGUAAUAUUUAUUCAACAUGUUAGGAUGAACAUUCAACCAAAAAAAUUUAGAAUAAAUAGUCUUUUAUUUGACAAUUCAACAUAAACAACAGGUAUAGCCAUAGGCGUUUUUUGCAUUUAUACAUGCUCUAGUCAAAACAGGUUAUAUACAGCAGACCAAACAGUGAAGAACAGUGAAAAAAUAUACCAUCUAACACAAAAAGUGUUUAGAGGCCAUCUUUUUAUGAGUUUAGGUAUUGCGGCCCAUCACCUGAUGAAAACUAUGUACACACAAUCAAGCUUCUUGAACACACAUUUAUAUACACAAAUUGAGAAGACUGAUUGUGGGGAAAAAUAUAUAUAUAUAUAACAUUGGGGAAAAAAGUAUUUUCAAAAAUAUUUACAAUAAACAAGUUAAAUUUUUUUCAGGCAUGCCACUCCGAAAAGCAGUUUCGUCCUGGAAUUAGACACAGGGCUACAUCACAGCCCACACUUCCAUGGGGUGUCGGUCCUCUUUCCACCCUUCCAUUUUCAUUUCACUUUACUUUCAUUGUCACUAUAAAUGUACAUGAAACAAAAGUCAAUAUUUAUGAAAAUAAUAAAGUAUAAAAUAAAAAUAUA